GACGCGAUGGCUGCGCUGCUCCCGAGCGAAACGACGGUGUGCAUUGUCGGCGCGGGGCCGAGUGGGCUCGCGUGUGCAUUGGGGCUUGCGCUGCGGGGGGUACCGUUCGUUAUCGUGGACGCGCUCGAGGCGGGUCACAAUAGCUCACGCGCGGUGGUUAUGCAGGCGAAUGCGCUCGAGGCACUAGAGGCGAUCAACCCGGCGCUUGCGGCUGCUAUUGUCGCAGACGGCGUUGCGGCUGAGACUAUCUCGAUGAUCAACGUCCAUGAGAAGACAAUUUUCGACAUGCGCAUGUCGGAAAAUGCUUCAAGAACAAAGUACGGGUACUGCCUGCUCAUCGGCCAACACCGGGUGGAGGAGCGGAUGCGGGAGUGGCUCGGGCAGGCCGGGGUGGAGAUUGCGUGGCGGAAGCGCGUAACGGCGGUCCGGGAGGAUGGAUCAAAUUACGAACUCGCGUUUGAGUCGGGCGAGACACUCCGCGCGCGGUACAUCGUCGCGGCUGACGGAUCAAAGUCGUCUCUCCGCCAAUUCGCGGGCAUCCAGUUUCUCAACCCGUACACGAAGACCGAGGCCAUUCCACGGCCAGGAGACCCGUCUUUCGUCGUCGCGGACGUUAUCUUCCAGGAGCCCUUGCCGCCAAACGUGCCCCGUGACCGACUGCAGAUGAUGGUUGGCGGCGGUGGCGUUGUUUUGACCGCGCCAAUGCUGUCACCCACUUCCAACGCCCUGUUCCGGCUCUACCUCGGCGUCCCCGCCAACCCUCCGUCGCACCCGGAUGCCGCCUAUCUGCAGGCCGUCCUCGACAAGCGCGGACCUGGCUCCCACUCAAAAGCCUAUCCGGUGCCGAAAAUCGUGUCGGUGCUCGACAGCUCGCGGUACCUCACCCGGCCCGCGCUAGCCGAGCGCUACGUGCACCGCGCGCCCGGCGGUGCGUACCUUCUCCUCGUCGGGGAUGCGGCACACAAGCACGGCCCGACCGCCGGCCAGGGGAUGAACAUGGGCAUCGUCGACGGCGCGGAGCUCGCCGGCGCCCUCGCAUCACACAUUGCACAGUCCGGGGAGAAGCCCGGGUCAGCAGACCCCGCGCAUAUAUUGGACGCAUACUCGACACGCCGCCGGAACGUCGCAAGACAGGUGAUUGACAUGGUAGAGACGAUGGGGCGGGUGGAAGGCUCUGGCGCGGGGUGGACGUCUUCGCUCCGCGCGGCGGCCCUUUGGCUGCUCCUGAAGGUCUCCUUUGUGAACAGCGCGAUCUCGUGGAAGAUCGGUGGGCUCGGGCACUCGGCACAGAUGCUCGGGAAGUAA